UCAAACCGUGUCUUCUUUAGAAAACCUCAGGCUGCCUCGGGAGGCGGGCACUGCAGCCUGGGUGGCACCGCAGAGCAGUGGCGGGCUUGUCCUGGUCCCUAGCUGUCUCUCUCUGCACUUUGGCGAUCCAGAGCGAGCCCCGCUGCAGCCCCAGCCGUGAAGCGAGGAGCCGAGAUGAGCCAAGCCUGCGACCCCCAGGGCGCCAGCCAAGGAGACCCUGACCAGAAGGGGACGACCGCUGGCAGAAAGAACCCUGUCCUUGUGGACGGGGUCGUGCUUAAUGGGCCACAAACAGAUGUGAAAGCAGGAGAGAAAUUUGUUGAAGAGGCCUGCAGGCUAAUAAUGGAAGAGGUGGUUUUGAAAGCCACAGACGUCAAUGAAAAGGUGUGUGAGUGGCAGCCCCCUGAGCAGCUGAGGCAGCUCCUUGACCUGGAGAUGAGGGACACUGGAGAGCCACAAGACAAGCUGCUGAAACUCUGCCAAGAUGUCAUCCACUUCAGUGUCAAAACUAAUCACCCGAGGUUCUUCAACCAGCUGUACGCUGGCCUUGAUCACUACUCCUUGGCGGCCCGGAUCAUAACCGAGGCUCUGAAUCCAAGCGUUUAUACGUAUGAGGUGUCCCCAGUGUUUCUGUUAGUGGAAGAGGCGGUUCUGAAGAAAAUGAUUGAAUGUGUUGGCUGGAAAGAAGGGGAUGGAAUAUUUAACCCAGGUGGCUCAGUGUCCAAUAUGUGUGCAAUAAAUUUAGCUAGACACAGACAUUGUCCUGAUAUCAAGGAGAAAGGCCUGUCUGGUUUGCCAAGAUUAAUCUUUUUCACGUCGGCAGAGUGUCAUUACUCCAUGAAGAAAGCGGCCUCCUUCCUUGGGAUUGGCGCCCAGAACGUGUACUUGGUGGAAACAGAUGAAAGAGGUAAAAUGAUACCUGAGGAGCUGGAGAAAGGAAUCUGGCAAGCGAGACAAGAGGGGGCGGUGCCGUUUCUGGUUUGUGCCACCUCCGGUACCACCGUGCUGGGUGCCUUCGACCCUCUGGAUGAGAUUGCUGAGGUCUGUGAGAGGCAUGGCCUCUGGCUGCACGUGGAUGCCUCUUGGGGUGGCUCAGCUUUGGUAUCAAGAAAGCACCGCCAACUCCUGCAUGGCAUCCACAGGGCUGACUCCGUGGCCUGGAACCCACACAAGAUGCUGAUGGCUGGAAUCCAGUGCUCCGCUCUACUUGUCAAGGACAAAUCUGAUCUCCUUAAGAAGUGCUACUCUGCCAAAGCGACCUACCUGUUCCAGCAGGAUAAAUUCUAUGAUGUCAGCUACGACACGGGCGACAAAUCCAUCCAGUGUAGCAGGAGACCUGACGCGUUCAAGUUCUGGAUGACUUGGAAGGCCCUGGGCACACUAGGACUGGAAGAGAGAGUUAAUCGUGCCUUUGCGCUGUCUAGGUACCUGGUAGAUGAAAUCAAGAAAAGAGAAGGAUUCAGGCUACUCAUGGAACCUGAAUAUACCAAUAUUUGCUUUUGGUACAUUCCACCAAGUCUCAGAGAGAUGGAAGAAGGACCAGAAUUCUGGAAAAAGCUUAGCUUGGUGGCCCCAGCCAUUAAGGAGAAAAUGAUGAAGAAAGGAAGUCUCAUGCUGGGCUACCAGCCCCACAGAGGGAAGGUCAACUUCUUCCGCCAGGUGGUCAUCAGUCCUCAAGUGAGCCGGGAAGACAUGGACUUCCUGCUGGAUGAGAUAGACAGCCUGGGUAGAGACAUGUAGCCAUGGCUUUCAUCCCCCCAGAGGCACCAUUCCUGUCCUGGGGAGGGACACAGAUCAGCGCAUCUGAAAACAUACUAGGUAGACCACAGUCCUGGUGAGAUUAGGAAACACGCCCCCUCCCCACACAGAAAACCAAAAUGCUAAGCGAUUAGUCCUAAGCAUUCUUCUAAGGGUUCUUCGGCUGCCUGCUGCUACUGUUUGUAGAAUGGAGAAAAGUAGAAGUAAUAAAAAAAAAUUCUCUCAAAUGUUAUCCUUGCAAACAACCCUGAGGAGACUGUAGGCAGUGCCAUGUGGAUGAAUACUGGGUUGGAAGCUCCCAGAACUCUUUAAAGAACAUAGAACUUGGAGCUUACAGCAGUAAACCUUGCUGUGGCCCCUGUACCACCAGCUGGCAUCACCAGGAAACGCACUUAAAAUGCAAAUUCUCCACACCACCUGACUCAGAAACUCUGGUUCCAGCAUCCCGUGUUUUAAUAAGUCCAACAGGUGAGUCUGAUACACAGAAAAAGCUGAGAAACAAUGGUCCAGGAAUAGCCUUUACUGAUGUUUUGCCAGCUAAAGAACACAUAAUAUUUUAGUAGCCCUCAGCCAGCCUUUGAAAAGAACAACUGUGGUGUUUGUGCUACAAAUGUUCAGAGUUCCUAAAGCAUCUAAAACAUGUCAAACACAAACACACACCCCCACAUACAUCUCUCUCUCCCAUUGAAAAUACCACUGGGGUCAGAUAGUUUAUAAUCCCAUUAUUUUUUGUUUGUUCCUUGAAAUAUUCAGAUGACACUAAAUAUUAUAUAUUUAUAUAUGAUAUAUAAUGUAUAUAUAUGUAUGUAUAGAUGCACAUAUAUACAUAUAUUUAUGUACACACACACACACACACAUAUAUAUGAAAGAGAGACAUGUAAGAUUCUUAAUGUUUUAUUUGGGCUAAAGUUUUUUGGGUUUGGUUUUGGUUUUUUCAUGAGUGAAAGUGAAUCAUUAUCCAUUCUAAUUCAUCUGAGUUAAGAGACUGGGUAAAAAUCAAACAAUUUGUACUGUUCCCUUUCGAUCUGUGAUUAUAAAACACUAAUCCAUUCCUGCAAAUAUGCCCUUAGGUGGGAAACAGCACUGCAUGUCUGUGUGGCCUCUGUCCCUCUUUUAGAUUUGGGAAUGCAUUUCACACUUUCACUCUUAGGAACAGAAUACAUUACCAGAAGUGAAGUCCUUGUGCAAUAUUCUCCUUCUCAAACUUUGAAAUGUCAGUGAGACUUUUUGGUCCAUCGUGGGCAGAGAAGAGAAUCAGAGCCCUUUCAGUAUCAGUCCUCCUUUGUUCAUGGAAGUGGAUGAUUGCAACUCUCUCUUGGAGCAUCAUCUCAGAUUUACUUCUAGAGAGUUUCCCUGACUAAGAAACAAGCAUGGUUCAGAGAUCAGGUGUGGAAUGAGGGCUGUGUGUUGAGAGGCAUCCGGGUGUUGUUGAUCUCCACCUCAUACUGUAUCACUAACUCAUGACAGUGGAUUCUGAGAAAUAGAUGUGUACUGUGUCAUGUUCACUGAAUAUUUUCACUGUAGACCGCAUGGUCUUUCACUAUCUCCACCCAGCAAAGGGUAUUUUCACUUCAUUUUCUGAAUUAACUUCAAACUCCCUGGCGGUGGGAGCUAUCUCUAUAUGAUUUCAUUCUUGUUGCUUUUUAAAAUUUGUCUACAUAAAAUGCUCCUAAGACUGAUGCUUUCAGUAAGUUGUACUUCAUGAAAUAAAAGGCCCUGUCAGC